GGAUUCCUCUUCCGCAGCGCUCGUGCGCCGUGUUGAAGACAGGAAGUGGAGCUCCGGGGUCGGUCCGGCCAGAGGUGGCAGGAAGCUGCUGCUAACCCCAACAUCUGCACGGUGUCGAAACCGUCAACAUGUCGGCCAGGAACCCGGGGACGGAGCUCGACCUGGAUGCCAUAUCCAAAGUGAGAGUAAACACACAGGCCGUCCUGAAGAGGGCGCAGCAGAUCCAAGGACACAAGCUCCUCAAGAAACAGUGGCAGGCCGCCUGGCUGUUGAAGGCUGUAACAUGUAUUGACUUGACAACUCUGGCCGGAGACGAUACGCCAUCCAACGUCCACCGGCUGUGUCUGAAAGCCAUCCAGCCAAUCAGACACGACCUGCUGCGGAAGCUGGAUAUGAACGACAAAGGAGUGACUACAGCAGCAGUGUGUGUCUAUCCAUCUCGUGUGGCUGAUGCAGUCACAUCAUUAAAAGCAGCCAACUCCAGCCUCCCUGUUGCCUCAGUGGCCACUGGUUUCCCAGCUGGCCAGACUCCACUGGAGACCCGGCUGCAGGAAGUGCGUAUGGCUGUGUCCGACGGUGCCACGGAGAUCGACAUUGUCAUCAACAGGACGCUCGCACUCACAGGACAGUGGAAAGCCAUGUAUGAUGAGAUCCGUCAGUUUCGAGAGGCCUGCGGCGAUGCCCACAUGAAAACCAUCCUGGCUAUUGGAGAGCUGGGCACCUUCACCAACGUCUACAAGGCCAGCAUGGUCGCCAUGAUGGCUGGUUCGGACUUCAUCAAGACUUCCACAGGAAAGGAGUCCGUCAACGCAACGUACCCAGUUGCCAUAGUGAUGGUGAGAGCCAUCCGUGACUACUUCUUGUGUACAGGCCACAAGGUGGGCUUUAAGCCAGCGGGGGGCAUCCGGACGGCUCAGGAGUCCCUGGUGUGGCUCUCUCUGAUCAAAGAGGAGCUGGGCAACGAUUGGCUCUGUCCCCAGAUGUUCCGCCUGGGAGCCAGUAGCCUGUUGGCUGAUAUCGAGAGACAGAUCUAUCAUCACGUGACUGGACAGUAUGCGGCCUAUCACGAGCUGCCUAUGGCCUGAAGCUGCAGACUUCCUGUUUUCAUGGCCAAUCAAAACCUCAGACUCGCCAUAAAGAGCCCGUCGGUGGUCGUCCAGGCAACAAACCAACUCAUCUUUUGUUAAAACAAGUCAAAACAGUAUUUUAUCAAUUUGCUUUUUUGCCCUCCAUGUCCUGAAAGUCUUAAAACUCUGGCCCUCACUUAAAGAAAUAAAAAAUGGUCUAUGUGGAAA